AUGGUACAAAAGAGGGAUGACUUUAGCUUUCAAAAGAGCAGUCACACAAAUGCUGUUGUUUUUGUCAUUGUGCGGCAUGGACACUAUUGUCAAAUUAACCGCGGAGUGGCAGAGGACCAGGCAGAGGACCAGGCAGAGGACCAGGCACAGGACCAUGUAGAGGACCAUGUAGAGGACCAGGCAGAGGACCAGGCAGAGGACCAGGCAGAGGACCAGGCAGAAGACCAGGCAGAGGACCAGGCAGAGGACCAGGCAGAGGACCAGGCAGAGGACCAGGCAGAAGACCAGGCAGAAGACCAGGCAGAGGACCAUGCAGAUGGUGCAGAGUGGGACUUGAACUUUGCUCGCCCCGUCUUCUCGUUUCCUGCGUUUCCGCUCAGCUCCAAAUCCACGGAGGCAGCACCCACCGAACUCUGUCUGCGCCUCCUCCAGGAAGUCUCUCAUCAAAGCACCUCCUCGUGGAUCAGGCCGUCCUCCGGGCCCCUAAUGCACGGCCAAUCAGAUUAG